AUCAGAAUUGAAGCUGACCAUGAGAGACAAGCCACAAGCUAACAAGUGGAACUCCUUUCCUCCCUCUUUCAGUGCUGCUCCUAACAAAUAAUGUGUUAUAAUCACAAACUAUUUGAAACCCUUUCUUUCAACACAACUUUUAUCCUUCACAACACAGCUUUCUGCGGAUUCAAUCGAGGUAUGUGUUAUUCAUUUUUAUAAAAAAAAAGAUACUUGACAGCUUCUUACAUUCAAAAACUACUAGACACGUCAUUGGAACUCAUCUCCAUACAAAUUACCCAUUGAACGCCUUACAACCAAGAAUCCAUAUUCCCCUGAUCAUACUUCUUAUCCUCAAAUACAGCUCUAUCACAUUUGCCAAGUUCAAUUAAAAGAUAUAAUCCAAAAUGAGAUUCCGGAGGAAGCAAUCUCCAUUGCUUUUACUUUUAUUGCCAUCAUUGGCUUUGGCUCUGUCUCCUGCGGCACAAGACAACAUACAAUCUGCCCUCGCGAAAGAUGCUGAUGCGCAAACUGGAAAGAUAGACAAAACAGUCGAUUCUGGAUACGAUUCGUCAUCAGCUGUUACAGGUCUUACCGAUAAUAAAGCAAAAUAUGAUGUUGGUACGAAAGAUGCGCCAGUCGAUGGAAAAGAUGGAAAACCACACGCUGGCCCAUUCGUAGACACCACCAAAAAGGACCCCAAGAAAGAUGCUACAACAGUUGAAAAGGCGGAUACCAAGGAUUCCAAAGACUCUAAAGUUUCUAAAGAUUCUAAGAACUCCAAAUCCAAGCUUGAAGAUGGAGAAUUGGUUGUGCCACCUACAACUAAAACUUCUACUGCGAAGAAGGAAAAAAUGGUUGAUGACGAUGGAAACGAAAUUCCUCAGAGCAUUGAUGGCGUUAUGAACGAUCCAAGUCGAGCAUUGCCUAAGCAUGGCACAACAGGUACUGAGGGAGGUGUGAGUGAGAAAGAGAAGACACGAAAGGGUCAAGAAAGCCAAACGGGAGAGAAGGUGGAAAAGAAGCCAGCAUCACCUAAAGAGGCGCCUCCAAUACCUCACGACACCGAACAAAAGUUACAGGGUGACAGCAAAGAUCCGCAGAAGAAGGAUUCGACUAAAAAACUCACUGAUGACAAGGAGAUUGGUGCCACUGACAACCUCGCUGGUUUGGAUAAACCUACAGAUCUUCCAGAUAAGACAAACAAUAAUCCUCAUCCAAUUCCUAAUUCUGCCAACAAGGAUCACCUAGAUGUUACCAAAUCCGAUUCAAAGGCCAUUCCAAAGCUUGAAUUGGAAGGAGAGGGUAAUGAGGGUCUCAUUCAACCUUUACAUUCAUUUCUUCUUUCCCUCACAAUGAUUUUGUUCUCUGAAAUCGGAGACAAGACAUUUUUGAUUGCAGCAUUGAUGGCUAUGAAGCAUGACAGACUUCUCGUAUUUUCCGCCGCAUUUUCCGCAUUAAUAGCCAUGACAAUUCUAUCCGCAGUAUUAGGUCAUGCAGUUCCUACUUUAAUUCCAAAACGAUUCACGAAUUUCCUAGCCGCAGGAUUAUUCUUGAUCUUUGGAGGACGUUUAUUAAAAGAAGGUUUAGCCAUGAGUCCAGAUGAGGGUGUUACGGAAGAAAUGAAAGAAGUCGAAAUGGAACUUGAGGAAAAAGAACAUUUGGCGAAACAACAAGGAAGACGCCGAUCAUCAGUUUCUCCAUAUGCUCUCGAAAUGGGUCUUGGUGGAGGUACAAGAGCCAGCACAAGAAAAUCUAGAUCAGGAUCCCGUCUACCAUCUCCACCAAGAAGCCCUUCAACUUCGUCAGAUCGAUCUCCUUCUCCUAAGAGAUCAACAAUUCAAAGUGCCGCCGGUGGCUUGAAUAAUCUUCUUUCUUUACUAUUAAGUCCAGCUUGGGUUCAAACAUUCGUCAUGACUUUCCUAGGUGAAUGGGGAGAUCGUAGUCAAAUUGCUACGAUUGCUAUGGCUGCUGGUCAGGAUUAUUGGUGGGUAACUGGAGGCGCGGUUAGUGGCCAUGCUGUUUGUACUGGAGUGGCUGUUAUUGGAGGAAGAGCUAUCGCUGGAAAAGUCAGCUUAAGAGUUGGUAAGUUCUUCUUCAUUCUGUCAUUCUGAAGGUCGUAUAACUAACCAUUUCACAGUAACAUUAGGAGGGGCAAUCGCCUUUUUAGUCUUUGGCAUUAUUUAUCUCAUCGAAGCUUUAUACUAUGCUUAAGCUUGACUUCUUUACUCCGUAGCUUGUUACAGGAAACGUAUUGUUCGUUCAUAGUACAGAUCCAUUAGUUCGAAAUUACAUGCAAUAUCAAUACAAUUCAUUUCCGCCCCGCUUUCCUUUCCAAAACGCAAGUUUUUUUCGAAUGCAUCCCUUUCAAUGCCUGAAUAUGGGAUGAGGGCGAGAUGUACUUUUCUUUUAUCUGAUGUAGCUUGGGUUUUGGGAUAAGACAAGGAGUGGAUUCGUCAAACGAGGAAGGAGAAUACGGAAAUGCAUGUUUACAAUAAUAUUUUCUCUCCUUCUUACUUCUUUACUUUGUUACUAAUAAUACAUGAUAAAUGGGUGGAUGAAUGGAUAAUGGGGUUGGGAACGUGUGUAUGUUAGGGUAUGAGGGCAUGGAUGGAUAUGAAGGUUAGGGGAUGGUAUGAAUAGGUGAAUGAGUUGAGUGGGAGAGAAAGGAAAGGAUAGCAAAGGGAAGGAAAGAAAAGGGAAGGGAAUGAAAGAUCUUCUCGGUUCAUUGUACUGUAUUGUGUGGCUGGGUUAGAGUGAGGGUUAGGGUUAGUAAUGGUAUGGUAUGGUAUGACAUGGAUUGGAUUGGAUUGGAUUGCGUGGGUUGGGAUGGAUGCAAUGGAUGGAUGAGAAUCGAUUUAAAUGU